AAAAAAGUGUAAAUCCAUGGUUUGACACACACGUCGUCGUUUUGGCUGUCACUGGUGGCUGAAAAAAACAGCAGUCAGGCUCAAGAUCUACUACUCAGGAAUCUCAAAGUCUCACACGGAUAUUUUAUUUAAUUAAACCAGCUUGGAUUGGAAUGAGCUCAGACUCGGUGUAAAGCCACAGAUCUGAAUCGGGAUUUUUGGUUGAAGAUCUCUCAGUCUCUCAGCCUUCUUCGCCUCCAUUCUUCCUCUGGCCUAUUACUAUUACAAUCAUGUCAAGGAGGCCGGUGAAUCCUGCAAGACGCGUUGCUGAUGGUGGAGGCAUGCCAUUCGUGGGUUCCUCACAAUCCAAAACACGCUCAUCUCCUUUAAUAUCAAUAGGGCUUGUUGUCACGGGUGCAGUUCUUCUUGUGCUCUAUUGUUAUAGCGGGCCAGGUGGACAGAGCGAUAAACAUAUUGUAAGUCGAGUUGAAGGUGGGGCUUCAUGCGCGUUUGAAGUACAGAGAGCUAUGCCUAUUUUGAAGAAAACAUACGGUAAUAGCAUGCAGAAAGUGUUGCAUGUGGGUCCUGACACAUGUUCAGUGGUUACUCAGUUAUUAAAAGAGGAGGAUACUGAAGCCUGGGGUGUGGAACCAUAUGAGUUAGAUGAUGCUGACUCAAAUUGCAGGAGUCUUGUGCGCAAAGGCAUUGUGCGAGUGGCUGAUAUAAAGUUUCCUCUUCCAUACCGACCAAAAUCAUUUUCUCUUGUAAUAGUGUCAGAUGCUGUGGAUUACUUGUCGCCAAAGUACCUUAACAAAACUAUUCCAGAGCUUGCAAGGGUAUCUACAGCUGGUGUUGUUAUAUUUGCUGGUUAUCCAGGUCAGAGUAGGGCUAAAGUUGCAGAGCUAUCCAAAUUUGGACGUCCAGCGAAAUUGCGUAGCUCAUCUUGGUGGAUAAGGUAUUUUGUUCAAAACAAGUUAGUAGAGAAUGAAGCAGCUUCAAAGAAGUUUGAACAGGCUUCAAAAAAGAGGUCAUACAAGCCUGCCUGCCAAGUUUUCCACCUUAACUCUAAUCAUUGAGAAUCUCAGCAUGUAUGUGUCACUGUUUCAGCUUUUAGGUGCAAAACACCCUGCCCUCCAGUAUGCUUUCAAUGCCCAAAGGGUUAAUUUAUAUGUCAUGGAAAUUAUAGAGCCAUCUUUUUUUUUCCCCCCCAAUAUGUAGACAGUAGAUAUUUGAUAAUUGUAUUUAUUGAGGAAGUGAUUUUCGUACGAAUUAGCUUCCUUCACCUUUACCAUGUAUUCUUAAAUUUUUAUGUUUUCAUAGUUAUAAAACAAAGCCUUUUUCUUUUC